GUUGCCACCAUUUUCGAUGCCACAAAAAUGGCUCCCUCUGGCCCACAACGUAACAGAAACGUAAUUGCAUUGUGGUUGGUCAUGAUCGACCCUUUAACUCCUGGCUUAACCUUUCUGCCAAUCUCUUCAGACAUGACAAGUGUAAAAUAGAAAUACUUGAACUAAUCUGCUCAUGGUUAUCCUCCAGAAUUCAAAUAAGCCUGCAUUUGCCAGUGGUGAUAUUGUGUAAUAUUUGAACCAGACACAAAUCUUCUUCUCAUCUUUGAAUGUACAUUCAGUAUGUAUAUAUAGGCCAAUUUUCAUGGGAUUCGGUAACCUUUGACAUUUGCAGCAGCUAUCUAGAAUGCAAACUUGGGUUGAGCCCUAACUCAUAUUAAAUGCUGGCAUGAAAAUGCCUGUAUGUACUUACAUGUGAUUCAUUUGAUAUUUUAGGUGAAAAGUAGAAAUGUUAUGGCUGCUCGAGACAAGUUAUUUUCUGGUGAAAAAGUAAAUUUCACCGAGGUAUUCUAUCUAUGUUCUUCAUACCACCAUAGUACCACGACAUGUGUUAUAUCUGGCCCACUAAAUACUGCUUAAGAUUGCUUAUAAGGCCGAUUUAAACUAUACUAUGCUUUUUCCUAAAACUGCCACUUGCUUACAAUUUGAGUUGUCCUAUGUAAAUCAAGUACACAACUCACCUACGACAACGUGGGUGAGUGUACAACUCAAGUUGUAAGCAGGUUCCAUGCGACAGUUUUAUGCGAAAGUUGUGUAGUGUAAAGGCCCGGUCACACUACACAACGAUAACGAUACGAUAACUUGUAAACACGCGAUGUUUGGCAAAAAAAUUACGUUCGUGUCCACACCACAACGAAAAUGAUGAAAUUUUCGUUUUUAUUAGUGCAGAGUUUCUUUGAAACUGUGCACUAUUGUGAUGAGUGAGAAAAUUCACAUCAGUCGGUCGGUCGGUCGGUCGGUCGGUCGGUCGGUCAGAAAGUUAACUUUCCGGGGGGGUGUGUGUAUUAUGUGUAUACGAUUUAUAUUUGUAGUGAUUUAUUGUGCUUUGAAAGUUAUUUAGGCAAUUUCAGUUGUUUUAUUUAAAUAUUAUUUUGUUCUUUGGCCAAGUUCACAAAAUUUCGAGUUGUCGUUAUUGUAAAUUUUUGUAAAUUUUAUAACAUUUGCUUCUCAUGUUGUGUGAAGGAUCUUUCCCCCGGAAAACCCAUUUUUUUCUUUAGCAACGCAACUGCGCAUGUGCUAUCAAGCCGUAGAUCACGAUGGCGUGACGAUGCUAGGAAGGAGCGCUGGAGCGACACAGUGUCGUUUUCAAAUUAUAAACAUUUUAGACGUGAAUAUUGAGUAAAUCUUUGAGAAUCUACGCAAUAUAUAAAUCGAUGUUAUGCAUUACGGGCAUUCAAUUGACCAUUUGCGUAAUAGACUAAAUUUUGAUCUCAACAAAAAUUUCAUUACAGCUUGAAAGAGCAUCACAAAGUUAGUAAUAUUCCAAAGUUUCGUUGCAAAAUGUUGUAAAAUGCGGAAAAUAUAGCCUUGCGAAAUUUGCAAUUUUCAGUCAUUUUAGAUUACAAACCGGAAAUUGACAGCCUCGAAGGGUUUGAGGCUGUCAAUUUCCCGUUUGUAAUCUAAAAUGACUGAAAAUUGCAAAUUUUGCAAGGCUAUAUUUUCCGCAUUUUACAACAUUUUGCAACGAAACUUCGGAAUAUUACUAAUUUUGUGAUGCUCCUUCAAGCUCUUUCAAAAUUUUUGUCUAGACUUGUUUGGUUCAAAAUUUAGUCUAUUACGCAAAUGGUCAAUUAAGUACGGAUAUUAUUUUGACGGUAUAUUCAAUAUACAAAGCUAGGAAGCAGCGAGACAAUUGUUGUUUCGAAAUGUAUGAACAUUUCCGACGUGUAUUAUAUUGAGAAAAUCUUUGAGAUUCUACGCAAUAUAUAAAUUGAUGUUUUGCAUUACGGGCAUUCAAUUAAGUGCCGAUAUUGGUUUGACGGUAUAUUCAUUGUACAGAGCUAGAAAGCAGCAAGACAGUGUUGUUUUCAAAUUAAUAAUAUACAUAAAGAUAUUACUCGACUGUGAUUGGUUGAUUUCAGUGCAGUUAAUCCCAAACAGCAGUGCAAUUUUCUGUAAUCAUGGUGCAAUUUUCUGUAAUCACAGUGCAAAAGAAUAUAAAAGUGAUAAAGAAAUAGAUGAUCUUGCAAUUAAUGAAACACGAUUAAUGAUAAUACUGUAUUAUUUCAAAGGGAGUGUCAACUGUUUCCAUAUCUGUUUCACUAUCUUAUUUAUGGCAUCAGAAAAUUUAAGGUCUGCAAAGAAAAUGCAAAAAUAAUCGAAUACCGUGACUACAAACAUUUCAACGAACAAAUAUUCUUGCGCGACCUGCAAAAUUACUUAUCCGAUUUUGACCGGGACCAACACGAUCCAAAUAUAUCUUGGCAGAUUUGGAAGAAUAAAUUCUUCAGAAUCUGGAACAACCAUGCCCCAGUAAAAAGACGGAAAGUCGGCACUAAGCGGCUACCUUGGCUAACAACAGACCUAAUUCACAAUAAACGACAUAUUAAUUUCCUACAUAGGAAAGCUAGAACAACCAACACAACUGAUGCCUGGUCUGUCUACAGAAAGGCAAAGAACCAAUACAAUAGGCAAAUAAAAGAUACAAAGUGCUCCUAUUAUCGAGGCAAACUACAUAGCAAUUCAGGAAAUUUAAAACAAACAUGGAAAACACUCAACGAAUUGAUGAAUAGAAAGUCAACUAAUAAUAAAAUCCCAGAAAUGAAAGAAGAGAAUGGUGAAGUAAUUGACGAAACGCUGAUCCCUAAUGCCUUUAAUAAAUACUUUGUUGAACAAGGGGGAAAACUUGCGAAUAAAAUUCCUCGAUCGAGUAUUUUACCCGAUAGUUUUCUCAGUGAUGUACACCAACCAGUUAAUGGCUCCCUAGCUUUCAAGAAAUUUCAGAAAAUGAUGUUUUGAUACUACUCCAUGGUUUAGUGCCCAAUAAGGCAUCGGGAAUCGAUGGUAUCUCCUCUCGUAUCUUAAAACUUUCGGCAGCAGUUAUUUCACCAUCCCUAACAUCAAUAUUCAACCAGUCAAUCUUAACAGGCAUAUUUCCCAGUGAUUAGAAAAUCGCUAGAAUUACUCCGAUCUUUAAGUCUGAAGCUAAAGAUGAAAUGACAAACUACAGACCAAUAUCCGUUAUAUCAGUAGUUGCUAAAAUUGCGGAAAAGCUGAUUGAUAACCAAAUCUAUAAUUAUUUACAUAACUAUAAUCUGCUUUCAAACUCCCAACACGGAUUUAGACCACUCAACUGUUACAGCAUUACUGAACAUAACCAACGAGUGCUAUACAAAUAUUGACAUUGGGAAACUAAAUGGGAUUGUGUUUCUGGAUCUGAAAAAAGCAUUCGAUACCACAAUAUACUCUUAGAUAAAAUAGCAACUUAUGGAAUAAAGGGAACGGCACAUCGCUGGCUGGAGUCGUAUCUAUCAAAUAGGACCCAGUGCUGUUGUGUGAAUGGUAAACUAUCAAGUCCAUCAUUUAUGAAAACAGGCAUACCUCAGGGUUCUGGUUUAGGCCCAUUGUUAUUUCUAAUUUACAUCAAUGAUUUUCCAAAAUGUUUAAACGCCGUGGCAAAACCAGACAUGUUUGCGGAUGACACCCAAAUUGCAACAUCAAGUGACGAUAUCAAAGUAAUCACUGAAACAUUAAAUAGAGACUUAAUUAAGCCCCGUUUACACUACGCUCAAUUUUUGGUACGGCACGGAUAAAAUUGGUACCCGUACCACUUUUUUGGUUCUUGGACUACCUAUUUAGCUAAGCCUCGUUUACACUACGCUCAAUUUUUGGUACCAUACCACUUUUUAGUUCUUGGACUACCUAAAUAGGUAGUCCAAGAACCAAAAAAGUGGUACGGGUACCAAUUUUAUCCGUGCCGUACCAAAAAUUGAGCGUAGUGUAAACGGAGCUUUAAACAAUGUUGCAAAUUGGCUGUCCGCAAACAAAUUAACUCUGAACAAUAGUAAAACCGAAUAUAUGAUAAUUAGUUCCAAGAAAAGGCUUAGUCAAGUGACUGCCGAUCCUGCUAUCAGUGUAGGUAACUUAGAAAUUAAGAGAGUUGAAACGACAAAAUCAUUGGGCCUAAUGAUAGACGAGUCUCUAUAGACUGGACCGCGCUGGUCGAACACAUUUCAAAAUGUCACCUCAGGCCUUGCUAUUCUCAGACGACUUCGGGAUACAGUCGAAUUCAAUACCUUAAUAACAAUAUACCAAUCCAUAAUUCAACCUUACUUCGAUUAUUGUGCUCAAGUGUGGGGUUGCUUAGGGAAAACAUUAGCAGCUAAAGUUCAAAAAUGACAAAACAGAGCGUUUCGAAUAAUCACUCGUGAGAAUUAUACGACACGAUCGGCUGAUAUAUUAAACAAGCUAGGAGUUCCGAACCUCGAAAAAAGAAGAAUGCAACAACUUUCAAUUCUCAUGUACAAGGUGAAAAACAAAUUGGUCCCCGAUUACUUGUGUGAUAUAUUCACAAAUGUGGGUGAUGUACACGACCAUAACACAAGACAGUCGGGAGCCGAUUUUACAUUGCCUAAACCAAAAACAAAUAGUAUGAAAAAUGCAUUCUCCUACAGAGGUGCGGAAGUCUGGAACUGCCUUUGCUAAUUUUAAGUCUAACUUGAAACAUCUACCUAAAUAAUCUUCUUGUAAAUAAUAUAUUUUUUGAUGCUUGUGAUGUUGCUCUGAGUGUAUUUCCACACCGGGCAAGCUUGAAAAAUAUGCCUGACCACGGUGGGAUUCGAACCUACGACCUUUGGAAUACUAGCCCAAUCGAUUCCCACCGUGGUCAGGCAUAGUUUUCAAGCUUUCCCGGUGUGGAAAUACACUCAGAGUAACAUCACAAACAUCAUAUUCACCUGAGUACAUUACACCAACACAGAAAAAAUCAUGAUUAUUAGAUUACAUCGAUAUCGAAGGAACUAGAUUCUGUUCCGAAAUAUCACAUACUCGAACCGACCAGACCGCGUAGCUCUGUUGGCAGAGCAUUGGGCUAUUCCAAAGGUCGUAGGUUCAAUUCCCACCGUGGUCAGGCAUGUUUUUCAAGCUUGCCCGGUGUGGAAAUACACUCAGAGUAACAUCACAAGCAUCAUAUUCACCUGAGUACAUUACACCAACACAGAAAAAAUCACAAUAUAUUUUUUAUUUCUGCUUGUGUGAGCACGGCCGGUUGGAAGAUCACCUUUUUUCUUUUUAUAUUGUGUACAUAAUUAAUUUUAGUAGGUGAAAUUGUACCGUGUUAAAAUAUUGUUCAUAAUAAUAACGUGUACGUUUUAUUCGAUUUGGAAGGACCAGGAUUCCGUUCCACGAUGAAAGAUGCGUCAGUAUUAAAUGGGAUAGUAUCGAAAUCGUGUGGCCAAAUAUUUGUGACGCCGAUUGGACUAAUCAUAGACAAUCCAGAAGACAGGGACUGGAAACGCCUAACGUUUUGCGCGUGCCAUCCGUGAUGCGCUUGCGUGACGCUUGCGUAUGUGCCAUACUGCCAUCUUGAACGGAAGGCUAGCUUGUUGCUUCCAAAAUCCAAAACGAAUAAACGAUUAAUAUCGAUGUAUUGUCUGCUGUUUUUAUACAGCUCUUUAUACUGGAAGAUUGUUUAAAUAAUCUACACCGAAAAGGGAGUUAGAUAUAUCACAUUGUGUGUAAAGUUUAUAAAACGGAUCUGCUUAAUAUCCAGAGACGAGUGCAAAGAAUUUUCGAGCUUGUUCGAAAAUUUUGAUUUCCAAUUUGGGGUGGACUUUCAGGCACGAUUCAGGUUUGUUUGCGUAUUUUAGUUUUCUUUAAUUAAGUUUACGUAUAUUUAUUCAGUUAUGCUUGACUGCAUUUACGUUAUAAAUUGUUGAAGUUACCUUUUCGAUAUUUUUUCAGUCUUUUUUGUUCAAAAGUACAGUAAAUACUCUGAACUUUCAACAAUGCCGACAAGAAUGCCAAUGGCGACUUUUUUACAGUCAAAAACAUUACGCAAGCAUUCAAAGGACGUUUAUGGCUUUGUUUGACUCAAUAUAAGUUUAAAUACCGGAUAAGUGCAUCCACAGAUCUAUUUUUGUUCAAAAUAUGUAAAUUACAAACCCUGAACUUAGCCUCCUCCGCAGGCCUCUCUGUGGGUUUUAGCCUGCGAAUGGGUUUUGAAAAAACAUUUUCUGGGAGAGAGGCCUGCCAUAAAUCGAACAAAAUAGACGUAUCUCAAAUAUUAGUGGCCGUGUUACGUUACCCCACCCCCUAAGUAGGCUUUUGACCCUAAUUAUAUAUUCAGUUUGAAAUCUUCGGGCGAGGAGCGAAACUUGCACGUAUAAAAAACUUUAAAAAUGUUUUAUAAUGCGUGGAAAUAUUCAAGUUAUACGAAAAUUAAUUGGUCAAUUGCAAGCAUUUAAUAUAUCCUGAAUUAUAUAUCGCAAUGUCCCUCGCGGUAUAAAAAACGACGUGCAAAUUUUGAAUCGUAUUAAAACAAUGUUACAAGACAAAAAGUAUAAAUAGUAUAUUACCACAGUCACAGAUAUGUCAACAGUUGAAUAUAUAUUUGACAAUUUUCGCUCGUUCCUUUUCGUGUUAUAGUUUCGACUAAAUCAGUGCACUUUCCGCUUAUUAUCAUAUAAAAUGUAGUCGACAAUUUGAGUAGCAAUAUGUAUAUAUCAACGAUAAACUUUCACUUAAAACCCUGUCUUGACAUGAAUCGACGGCAACGUGAAUAUUUGACUGCUCUGGAAAAUCACUCGUCUCUAAAUAAUCCCAUUAAAUCGCCGUUUUGGGUGACGAUAACGUUAUCAGCUCCUUAUUCAAAGUUCCCUGUGUAUAUACAAUGUUAAAAAGCAGGAUUAUUCGUUAAUUUUACAGUUUUACUCGUCUUUUAAACCAUCGUGUUGAAAACAAAAAUUUCUUCACUCCUUGCGCAAGCCCUUCCUACUCCCCCUAAGUUAGAGUUUGUCGAAAUUUGGAUGCGCGAGCCGGUAUGCGCAAUGCAAAAUUUUAGUGUCGAUUUAUGGCAGGCAUCUCACCAAACUUUUUCUCACCACCCGAUUCUUCAGUGAGAUGCCUGCGGAGGAGGCUUAUACCCUGAACUUUAUUUAAACUAAAUUUACAGCGUUCGGAGUGAGCAUAUUAAUAAAACUUUGAGAACAACAAUGGCGACUUUUUUACAGUCAAAAACAUUACGCAAGCAUUCAAAGGACGUUUUUGGCUUUCUCUGACUCAAAAAAUUACAAACCCUGAACUUUAUUUAAACUGUAGUUUAUACAGGGUUCGGAGUGAGUGUAAACUUUGACAACGACAAUGGCGAGUUUUUUUACAGUCAAAAACAUUACGCAAGCAUUCAAAGGCUUUCUUUGACUCAAUAUAAGUUUAGAAACUGGAUAAGUGCAUCCACAGAUCUAUUUUUGUUCAAAAUAUGUAAAUUACAAACCCUGAACUUUAUUUAAACUCUAGUUACAGGGUUCGGAGUGAGUGUAAACUUUGACAACAACAAUGGCGAGUUUUUUACAGUCAAAAACAUUAGCUGAAUUCAUAUUAGAAGACGGAUUUCCGUCUAAGACGGGAAACUCGUGUCAGACGAGAAACUCUUCUUGAUAUAAAUUUGGUUAACGACGGGUUUUCCCGCUCUCAACUUUUCCGUCUAACUUUCCCGUCUGAACGACGGGAAAGUUAGAUGGGAAACUCGUCUUAGACAGGAAACUCGUCUUAAAUUCAUAUCAGACGAAUAAAUGAAGACGGAUUUCGGCUCGUAACGUUCAAAAGAGACUGGGAUGGGAGCGUCUCCUACUUUUUCAGGUUUAUCCGUCCGAUGGUUUUCGUUUCGCACUUAUACCAGACGGAAAUCCGUCGCACGAGUUUCCCGUCUUAGACUGAAAUCCGUCUUCCAAUAUGAAUUCAGCUAUUACGCAAGCAUUCAAAGGACGUUUUUGGCUUUCUCUGACUCAAUAUAAGUUUAAAAACCAGAUAAGUGCAUCCACAGAUCUAUUUUUGUUCAAAAUAUGUAAAUUACAAACCCUGAACUUUAUUUAAACUAUAUAGUUAAAGGGUUCGAAGUGGGGGCAACAGAGAUAGCCAUCUUCUAGUUGGCGCAAAAGUAGCAGCGUGAAAAAGGCUUGUUUUUACCAAACUGGCGAAUCGCAGAGCUUUUUUGAUCCGCUAAAAGCACUAAUAGUGCAUUUAAGAUGAUAAAUGUAUGAUGUAGCCGGCAAGUGAUAGCUUUAUCUUCAAGUUCCAGGGUUCGAAAGAUAUGUACUCUCGUACAGAUAUUUUUUUGUGCGCCAUUUUGAUGUAAAGGUUCUGGCAAAACUUAAAAUUUGAUUACUACUCACCGUCAAAAUAACAAAUUAAAUCUUCUGAAUUGUGUAUGGACUAAUUAACGGCGAUGAAACAAUCGUGAGCAUGAUAUUUACAUUUGAAUGAUACUGUAUUAUUAGUACCAGAAUUACAAUUAGUUCCACUGAAAACAAGCCACAAUUGCACAAUAUAUUGCACAAUAUAAAUACCAUUGCACAAUAUAAAUACCAUGGACAUUCAUGAACACGAUUUGUAGACAACUGAACUGUGAGAAACACCGUUCCAGUAUUAAAUCUGUUCUAAUUGGCACGCACCGAAGUUUCAAUUGUUCUUAAUUAAUUUUCGAAUAAGAAAACUGUUCAACGCACGCGCUAACGAAGUAUAUUUGAUCACUCGAUCACUCGAGCACUGAAUAUAUUUGAUCAAAGCAACGACUUUAAAAAAAAAACCCAACUUCUUUACAAUUCAAACCUCCAGUAAUACCAGCAAAGCUGUCUAUUGCCUGGGUGCCAACGUAAUCCUUUUUUAACUGCACGUCUUUUAGUUAGACGUCUAGUUAGAAUAUUUUUAUAGAGCUGAUUUUAAAGUUGUUUCGGGUCCUAUUUUUAAAAUAUUUUUGACUGUAUAUGAAACAAAUCAGUGCAGUUUUCAGUUUGGUGCAAGCAUUUUAGAUCUCAUAGAGGUAUUAAGUAUAUACAUAUAGGUAAUUUGUUAAUAACACUUUUGUAUGUCGUUUAGAAAAGGGCAGUACUUCACGUGGCUCUUCGUAAUCGAUCAAAUACACCUAUUUUUGUUGAUGGAAAAAAUGUAAGUAUAAGAACAAAGAGUUUUCGUAUCGUUUUUCAUUUCAGGUUCAUGCUGUUGACAUUUAAAGUGGGUACGAGUUAGUUAGAGCCAGUGAAUUGCAGGCCUCAUUAACAUUUUUUCGUGCCUGCGAGCGAAAGUCAAAAUUUGCCUGCAAAAACACAUAACAUCUUAUUUAUAAAUUUUUUGAUCUAAAUAUUGUUAAAAUGUCAGAAUUUUAAAAUAUACCUGCAAGGUGCCUACGAGCGGCGCUCGCGCAUUUUAUUGAUGCAUGGCUGGUGAAUUGUAUAGCUGGAAGGCUGACUACGUAAUCUAAUCAUAAAGAGGGCAAAAUUACUCAGUAAACUUCAAACGCCACUUUCUUUCGAGGAACAGUGCCUCUCAUAGUUUGAGCAUUGGGCAACCUACUUACUAAUUGUAUAUAUCAAUUCGAAAUAUCAAAUGAGCAUCUUACUGCUUUAAACGGCACAAAUGAAACUCCUCAAUUUGCAUAUACUAGAAAUAGCUCGACUGCAAUUGCACUGAUUAGAGUUACUCUGUUUUGGUAGCAAGGCUACUCGAUGAUUUAAAUCCUAUCUAACGGACAGACCGCAAUACGUUUAUUGUAACGGAGUUGAGAAACCAGAAAGAUCACCUGUGGCGUGCCUCAGGGCUCUCUGUCUUGGGACCUUCGUUAUUCAGUAUAUACUAGGUACAACUCGAUCGCGGACAGCUUCGUCCAUUCUGAAACUACAUUGUACGCUGAUGAUUCUGAAGCACACUGCUCCCACUACUCCGUACAUGGCGCUGAAUUAGCAAUGAACAAUGAUCUUCAAAACGUUGAACAGUGGUUGAGGGCGAAUAGAAUGAUUGCGAAUAUUAAAAAGACCAAAACAAUAUUAAUCGGCUCGCGCCCUGUUCUUUGAAAGGCCGAAGCUGAAAAUAUACAGAUACAUCUUUUUAACAACAAAAUAGAAGAAGUAACCACGUUCGAUUAACUGGGUGUUCGAAUGACUGAAUCCCUAUCAUGGAAACUUCAUGCUGAUCGGUUAUGCCAAAGAUCUUAUCCCAAAAUGAAAUUACGGAAUCGUGUUUCAAGCUAUUUACCUACAGGUGUUCUUCUUAGAAUUUAUAAACAAACAAUCCUGCUUAUUAUCGACUACAUGGUUCCAUCAUAUGGCAGGAUUGCGGUCUGUUCUCUUUAAUUGAGUUGAAAAACUCAAAAUAAAGCUAUGAGAACAAUCUUGAGUGCCAAUAGAACAAUCUUGAGUGCCAAUUGAACAAUCUGUACGCAAGAAAUGCGAAAUUGUCUUGGCCUAUUAACUCUACAUAGUAGACGACGAUUUAUAAGGAAUAUUCUAGUUUUUAAAAUUGUCAAUAAUAUGGACAUUCCUAAGUAUCUUAACAAUUAUUUGGUCUUAAGAAGCUCGUUAAGAGGAAAAUCCCCCCGCGAUCAAACCUUCAUAGAUAUACCAAGAGUAAACACUUCACUAGGGCAAACUAUGUUUAAAGUUUUAAAGUUUGUCCGUUCACUGCAACCAGGUAUAUCAAUCAUGUUUCGCUCGCUACUCUGGUUUAAACAAGUGAUUAUAAAGCUUCGACUGGGCUUUGUAAUCACUUAUUUAAACCAGAGUAGCGAGCGAAACAUGUAUGUUUAAAGUUGCUGCAGCACGUGACUGGAACUUGCUACCGAAAUGUAUUCGAGAUAUUAAAGUCCUCGGUAGCUUUAAGAACAAUGUUAAAAAACAAUUUUUAGAAUUAGACAAUUCUACACAUAGGUGUUGCUUGUAUUUUUUGCUCAUUAUUGUAUAAUAUAGUAUAUAGUUUGUAUAUUUAUGUAAGUAUUCCAUAACUGUAAAUACUGUUCACCUUGGUAAGACCAGCUUAAUUAGCUGAAUGGGUCUGACAUGUUAAUUAAAGAUUAUUAUUAAUUGCUAAAAUUGUCCACUAUACACACUACAAAUAGGUUGUUAUUUCGCUUUGUUUUUACCUGCUGUAUCACAAAUUGAUAUGAACAUUCAAGCAGUCUUUUACCUUUCAAAUAACGUCUUUCCAAAGGUUUGAAUAUUCGUUCCCUGUCUUUCACUAGCCAGGACGAUUCUUGCCCCUUGUGCGUCUCGAAACAAAUGUUUAAAUGUCCAAGAGAAGGCAAUCACCGAGGGAAACUCCAAAACAAAAAGAUAAAAUAUUUUUUCGAAGAUCAAGGGUGUGUGCAUGGAAUUUGUAGUGGGCUCAAAAUGAGCCUUGCUCAGUGGUAAUUACCAUGAGGAUUUGGGACCAGUGGCGUAAGCAAACGUGAAAAUCCUCGGCCAUGUUUUGGUAACACUUGUUUGACUGGCGAGAGAUAGGAGCAGGUCUUCCAGUAAUAUGGUAAAGGUCCGAAAAUUUAGUUUGUGUACUAUUUGAAACACCCGUAGGGGUGUUUUAUCAUAUUUAAAAUUGAGUGCGCAGCACGAGCAUUUUAGAUUAUGAUAAAACACGACUAUACAAGUAGUUUGAAUAGCUUCAAACACGACUACAAUAGAUGCCGUCUCAUUAUAGUAUCCUUUAUAAAGAAUACUAAUUAGGAUGGACUUAUGUAAAGAAUACCACUGAAAAAAUUACAUCAUUAAACGCGCUGUAGGACAUGUUUAUGCAUUGUAUACAUGAAUUAUUCACUGUUGAGUUUGAAUUAUUUUAGGUGAUGGAUGAUGUAAAUUCUGUGUUGGACCAAAUGAGGAAAUUUUGUCAUGCUGUUCGCAGUGGGGAAUGGAAAGGUUACCGUAAUAUUGUUUACGUUUAUAAUUUAUCAUGGGCAGUUUUCGACGUUAUGCGCAUGCGCGUGCACAAGCUCUGGCUAAAAGAUUGUUUUUCAUUUUGAAAAGAUGUAUAUUUUGCUGCUUUACAGCAAUUUGUUUUAAAUUUCGUAAAAAAAGUUUACAAAAGUAGUAGAAAAUACAUGCAUGCAGCAACCCCUCGCCUUUCUUAAUUAACAGAUGAAGUAUAAAAACUCCACAUAACAAUAAGCAAUUAUUGGAUGAGGCUGAGCAUGAUAUCAAGAAUUAUUCAGACCGAGGUCAAUGUUAUCUGCCGAAGCGAAGCUGAGGCGGAUAACAUAGACCGAGGCCUGAAUAAUUCUUGAUAUCAUGCGAAAGCCGAAUCCAAUAAUUGUUUUAUUAUACAUUUAAAGACAUGAGAAACGUAUAAAACGAUUCCUGUUCAUGAGGCAGGAAAAGUACAAUUCAAAUAUCAAACACCUUGCACAAAAUCAAAGGUCAGCUAAAUAUUCUACUUCUAUUUACCCCUUUGUGGCUUUUUUCGUGCUUUCACUAUCCUUAUCUGCCAAUAAUUUGGAGAGUUCACUUUCAUUCAGCAAAGCAAAUGUAGGCCAUUGUUUGUUUGUUUUUUUCGCUUAUAGGUUCAAGCUUUUGACCGCGCAAGGGUUUGGGCACGAGAGAGUCCAAUAAUUUUUAUUUUGGAUGCAAGUUCGAUCCAAAAAAACAAUUAUUGGACGCUGAUGACGUCAUCGGCGGAAAAUACGUAAUAAAUGCCGAAUACUGAAAAUUAGCCGGUGUUUUCUGACCAAUUAGAAACGAGAAUACAUAUUAAAUGUAUAAUAACAUAAGUUAUUAAGACCAUUGAUACGGCGAGUAGAAAUAUUUAUUUUGAAUUGUGGUGGUGAGAAAGAGUUAAAUUAAAUUAAUAAAACAUGAGCAGCCGAUCUUUAUCUGGGGCCGGUUGUAUAAACCAGUGGGGAAUAAUUCACGAAAUAUUGGGGUGUGAAAUUCUCAAAAGGUUUUAAGUUAUUACGUUGAAUUUAAUUCAGACGAAUUUGAUUCAUUAUUAACUUCGUCAGUUGGUCGACAUUAAAAUGGUUUUCUUUUAAACGACGACUUUAAUUCAGUUGAAUUAAUUUCAUGACUAGUAGUCAUAGAAAAUCCAGAAAUAAAAACCACGAGAUCAGAAAGAGAGAAACAGACUGUAACAUAAUUUAUGCAUUUAAUUCGACACGACGACAAGACAACGCAUGAACGAAGAUGCGCUUCAGACGUUGUAUCCGUCUGACCAAGACGGAUAAAACGUCUCGGACGAAUUUAAUUCGUUUCAUGUGAUGCACUGUACCCGUCGCAUUGACUUCGUUCCAUUAAAUUCGUCUGAACUAAAUUUGGCGAUAGUGCGACGUAUGAAACAGGCCUAAGGAAUCCUACACAUAGCAAAACAGAAGUACUAGUCUAGGACCUGUAUAUGAGUUUGUAUGCGAUUCAUUUAGGACAGGUAAUCUCAACUGUUUUAGGGUAAAAUGACCAUGGCGGUCAACAUGGCAUAUGUGCGAAAACCUGAAUCCGGGACGAAAGUCCUGAAAAUGACCCCGCCCUGAAACGGCAGUGUCGACAUAGCUCUAACUUCCGAAAAGGAAAAGCGAUAGCCUUUCUGAAGUGCUUAUAGUGUUUAGAAGGGUUGCUUUUAGGGGUGGUCAUUGGAAGGAAAAAUUUGUCGAAGUAUAAUAUUUUACCAGAAAAUGACUAUGCACCACCCCAGGUAAAUUGCUGAUUAUGCACAAAAUAACUAAUAUGCCUGACAGAAAUUAAAUAUUCUUAUUUCCUAAAAAAAAAUAUCAUGGGGUGAAAAACUAUGCUUAAUUUAAUAUAAAUAUUGUUGAUUUCAUAAGGAUUGUCAUUGUUUUCUUUAAAUAUAAUACAUUUUAUUUCACUUACCCCCCACGAAAACACGAUUUCAGCCAUAUUCUGCCGUCUUGUUUGCUUUUUAUUGCCGAAUCUCGCAAAUAUCAUCCAGUUAUUGUACUUUUACAUAAUCAUAAAUGGCUGAAGAAGAUUUCAAAGAAGGUUUCAUCCACUUUUGUAACAGUGCAGUGUAUUUUACCUUCGAUAUUGUGUCCUUCGAUAUUCCGCCAAAUUGCCGCCAUUUUAAUGGCUCGCCGCUUCUCUGUCUGAUAAAUGCAACUUCUUCGUUUCCAUAUGUAUUUAGAUUACAGUAUCCAAGAGUACUUCAUUGUAGAAUAGUCCCAAUCCAAAAAUUGGCAACAUUUGUCCCAUUAGGAAGGAAAAAUCCUCCCGUAUACCAUUUAGGUUCAAAAUAAAAAACAAAUCAUUUGAAAGUCACGCGCAAUCUUCGCGAAAACUUCUCGUGGACACAUGACAGGGGGGGUUGAAUAUUUUCACGAAUAUGUUCGCCACCACAGAAACAUAACUAAAUAUAUUGUAUUUAUUGUAUUUUUAUGAUUUAUGACAAAACUACGCAAAUAUUUAUUGUUUUUAUUAUAAAUCAUAAAAAUACAAUAAAUACAAUAUAUUUAGUUAUGUUUCUGUGGUGGCGAACAUAUUCGUGAAAAUAUUGAUUCAGAUCAGUUUGCAUACAAGGAAGGUCACAAUUCGAUUAUGGCUCUGAUCAAGUGCCAACACACAUGGUUAAGAUGGUUAGAAGGAGAUGCAAAAUAUGUCAGAGUAUUAUCUUUUGACUUUCGCAAAGCAUUCGAUAGCGUUCCACACGAUAUUUUAUGUGAGAAGCUUAAGAAGCUCCCCAUCAACCCAUAUGUUACUAAUUGGCUGAUUAGUUUUUUGGAGGAUAGGAAACAGAGGGUAGUGGUUGAUGGAAUAGAAACUGAAUACUUGAACAUUAAUCGAGGUGUUCCCCAAGGAACAGUUCUGGGUCCUGUCCUCUUUUCGAUCAUGGUGAAUGACAUCAAAACAGUUAACCCCAUAAACCAGUUAGUUAAGUUCGCGGAUGACAUGACAUUAGAAGUACCAGGGAAUGAAAACGGAGAUACAUCCCAAGCCGAAGUGGACAGUAUACAAACAUGGUCUGAAAAUAAUCGAAUGUCCUUAAAUAUGGAAAAGACGUAUGAAAUGAUUGUUAGGAGAAAUAUCCCCACGCUGUUGCCUGAUCCUUUCCCAUUUAUUAAACGAAGGACGUGGUUAAAGAUUUUAGGAAUUACAUUACAGGAUCUCCCUUCCAAGUGGGAUUUGCAUUUUGAUGAAAUGUUGAAAAAAGCCAGUGCAAGAAUGUACAUAAUGCGUGUCUGUAAAUACUAUGGCUUCCCAAUCAAACAACUGGACAUGCUGUUUAACACUUUAAUUAUGCCUAUAAUCACUUACGGCAUAGAACUUUGGGGAGGCGCAUACUUCAAUAAAUACAUUAGUCAAAUAGACAAAUUCAUCAAUCGCGCUCACAGAAAUGGUUACAUAUCGGAAAAAUUGAAUAUUAAGGAGAUAAGCAUCAAAAGGGACAAGAAACUUUGGGAUAAAGUAAUACAUAAUAAAGAUAAUGCACUACAGGAGCUUUUACCAGAUAAAUUAAAUAGACACCUUAGGCCAAGGGGACGCGAGUUUGAACUUCCGUUAGUGAGAACAGAGCGAUUUAAAAGUUCUUUUGUAAAUCGAUGUUUGUUUAACUUUGUUUAACCAAUUUUAACCUUUACCUUUUUAACAUUAUUAAUUUUUUUAUCCAUAACUGUAUAUAUCUAGUUAUUACCUUAUAGAUAUCAAUAAUUUUAUCUUAUAUAUUUUUAUAAUGUAAACUCACAGACGGGUGUUCUUGAGUAUGAAUAAAGACUGUUAUUAUUAUUAUAUUCAACCCCCCCUGUCAUGUGUUCACGAGAAGUUUUCGCGAAGAUUGCACGUGACUUUCAAAUGAUUUGUUUUUUAUUUUGAACCUAAAUGGUAUACGGGAGGAUUUUUCCUUCUUAAUGGGACAAAUGUUGCCAAUUUUUGGAUUGGGACUAUUCUACAAUGAAGUACUCUUGGAUACUGUAAUCUAAAUACAUAUGGAAACGAAGAAGUUGCAUUUAUCAGACAGAGAAGCGGCGAGCCAUUAAAAUGGCGGCAAUUUGGCGGAAUAUCGAAGAACACAAUAUCGAAGGUAAAAUACACUGCAAUGUUACAAAAGUGGAUGAAACCUUCUUUGAAAUCUUCUUCAGCCAUUUAUGAUUAUCUAAAAGUACAAUAACUGGAUGAUAUUUGCGAGAUUCGGCGAUAAAAAGCAAACAAGACGGCAAAAUAUGGCUGAAAUCGUGUUUUCGUGGGGGGUAAGUGAAAUAAAAUGUAUUAUAUUUAAAGAAAACAAUGACAAUCCUUAUGAAAUCAACAAUAUUUAUAUUAAAUUAAGCAUAGUUUUUCACCCCAUGAUAAUUUUUUUUAGGAAAUAAGAAUAUUUAAUUUCUGCCAGGCAUAUUAGUUAUUUUGUGCAUAAUCAGCAAUUUACCUGGGGUGGUGCAUAGUCAUUUUCUGGUAAAAUAUUAUACUUCGACAAAUUUUUCCUUCCAAUGACCACCCCUAAAAGCAACCCUUCUAAACACUAUAAGCACUUCAGAAAGGCUAUCGCUUUUCCCUUUCGGAAGUUAGAGCUAUGUCGACACUGCCGUUUCAGGGCGGGGUCAUUUUCAGGACUUUCGUCCCGGAUUCAGGUUUUCGCACAUAUGCCAUGUUGACCGUCAUGGUCAUUUUACCCUAAAACAGUUGAGAUUACCUGUCCUAAAUGAAUCGCAUAGUUACAAACUCAUAUACAGGUCCUAGACUAUACAGUUAUAUCGAUUCAAUUCUGAUUUUUUAAAGUAUUUUAUCAGUAGGGCUUUAUAAGGGACCUAUAAACAGGACAAAACAGAUUGUAUAAAAUGCGUAUUUUGUGGUGUUAUUAUAUUUUGCUUGCUAUAUAUUGCCAACGUUAGCUUAAGUUUUAUUUUAUUAGUCUUGUGAUAAUUAAAGUUUUGAACGAAUCGAGUCCGAUUGAGUGUUCAAAGACGGCGAUAGUUCCUUAAUAUACAACAUUUCGUAUAAAAGACACUCAUACUUUCCUUGGCAUUUUCGUAGAAUUGAAAAGCAACCUUCAAUUAUCGACGGAUCCUCUUCGUGAUCUUCCCUCAUAUGUUUCCCGAUUACCGAUCGCUUGUGCUCAUCAAUGCGCUGAUGUAAGUGCCGACUAGUAUAGCCAACAUAAUCUGCAUCACACAGAUCACAUUUAUAUCUAUACACAACGCGUUGUUGAUUUACAAUUGGUGGUUUCAUCUCGUGAACUUUAACUUCUUUGAUCUUUCUACUUUUAAAUACUGGCUGUAAUGCUCUACCAAUCACCGUACCAAGGCCUGCGAGUUGUCCAAAACUCGAUUCGUUCGAUUCGAUUCAAAACUCGAAAAAAUUCGAUUCAAAAGCCGGACUCGAUUCAUUAAAAACUUUAUACUUAGUCCUAUAAUUAAUGGGCUUCAUGUUUGUUUGUUUGUUUUGUUUAGUAUGUUUGUUUGUUGUUGUUUUUUGUGUACAUGUUAGAUAUUUAUGAAAGACAGAAAUAUGUUUAAUCUGUUUUAUGUUUUCUUUUAAAUGUAAUUUAUGUAAAUUAUUACGUCAUAUAAAUUUAAAUUUUGCAUGCUUACGCAAUAAUUUGCUAACAUGACACGAACUGUUUAAUUAAAAUCAACGCAAUAUAUGUAAUACCAUAACUUGAAAAUGAUGCACGCGGUAGCAUCGAAACGUCGUUUAAUAAAUGUAAUAUCGCUGUCAUUUGUUUCAAAAUUAUUAAAUCAUUUAAUUAUUUAAUUAUUUAAUAUGACAAUUAUAGAUUAUAUGGGUGUGAUUGCGUGCUCUUAAACAGUAUUUGUGAAUUGUAAUAUUUGGUACCAGACAUGAAAAUAUUUGGUACCAGACUUUCAAAAUUAUUGUCCGCCACUGUUAUAAACUGUCUCUGAAUUUUAGGUUUCAGCGGACAACAAAUAAAGGAUGUUGUAAACAUUGGUAUUGGGGGAUCCGAUUUGGUAAAGUAGAAUAAUUACAAUUUUUACUUCAGGCUCCAAGCUAGGAGCGUGGAGGGUAGAGCCUGCGUAGGAGGUUGUCUUUACUUCAUGUCUAAACCUGGUGCCGGCAACACCGCGGUCAAACGUUCGCGCAUAUUGUUUUCUCCCUGCUUGAUAUUAGCGAAUGUCGAGAACUUUUAGCAUUCUUCUGAAAAACGGGAGCGGUCUUUUUUGAUUUCAGGGAAAUUCCCAGGGGUAAAUGUUUAUACAGCACACAGCAUUAUUAAAAAUAUUUAUUUUGCACACAGCAUUAUUAUUUUAUAUAAUGCAGCGCCCACACAGCACUAUUAAAAAUAAUACAGCGUCCACACAGCAUUAUUAAAAAUAAUGUAGCGUCCACACAGCAUUAUUUUCAACAUGUCGCUUAUAUAAUGGGCGGUGAAACGCGCUCAAAUCGCGCUGAUCGAUGUGUGAUGCGGAAAAAGACUGACACGAGCGUGCUUUUUCGAAAAAUUUGACAAGGAGUGCAUUUUUUAAUGCUGAUAUAUUUGAGCUGUUUUUUUCUUCUCAAUAAUCAAAUUUUUAAGAACCUUUUACAUAGUUCCGACAAAUUACUUACUAGUUUAUCGUUUGAAUAUUUGUUUGGCGUAUGAAGUUGUAUUAUAAAGAAAAUACUGUGAAGAAUGACUUGUUCUUUGGAUGACUUCAAUGGAAGGGGAAUUUCAAUAUAAGAUUUGAGCAUGUUAUCAACUAGUCCCAGGCCUGGAAUUCAGGUAUGCCAAAGGUUAUAUUUAUCUGAUUAUAUCUUAACGUUUUUAUUAAAAUCAGAAUUGUACUCUGGAAGAUAUAGCGAUCGAAAGUUGCGUAUUUUUACGGGUUAAAUCUUGCCUCAUUAGACCAUGAUUUCGCUGCCAGGAAGUAAACAAAAGUUGUAGUUUCGUUAUGUUAUGAUUCUUAGUCAUUAAAUAAAAAAAUUGUGCUUGUUUUAAAGCAUUUCGUUGGAGUAACUGUAAGCUGUAAGCAAAUUUUACGCUUUAGUCGAUUUGUCAAAGUACGCCUUGGUUGAAUGUAUGCCGAGCGCAAGGGUUGAUAAAAUGUCGCUCCAGCCUUGAAAUCUUGUGAUCAUUAAGUCAAGAUAGCUACUCGUUAGGAUUCGUUGAGAAAACGAAAAUUCGAAUUGUACUCUUCUUGAUAUUCACUUGCAAAAAUCAGUUGCCUGUAACACAUCAAUGUAAUUUUUAUUCUAUCGUAUUUUCAACUAUUUUAACGUCAUGUCGCUUGCGAAAGCAAGUAAACAACGGUUCAAUACUUCUUGUAUUUUUUCUUAUUAAAAGUCUGUCGACAUUGAGUUAAACAAAAAAAUUAUAAAAUGUGUGAUACUUAUUGUAAGAGAAGAUUGGCCGAGCAACUUGCCUCUCUUUCUAAGAAAAUAAAAGUUUCACAAGUCGAUGAACAAGCGACUACUUCGUCCGAACAAAACGAAAAUGUCUGUGUUGAUAUUUGGGACUUCUGUAUAACGGGACUUCUGUAUUGUAUUUUGUGCCGGAACUGCCAUAAAUAAAACACUAGAAUCUAUUUUUUGUAAAAAGAUCCCCAUUCUUUCUGGCCUACUUUCAACAUGACAUUGCCUACCCAGUGCACGGAUAUGUACCAGACUUAUUUCCAUAGAGUAUAUUAUACAUGUACGUUGUAACAGUGGUAGACACUUUGUGAAAUUUUGGGGGUGGGAAUUAGGCAACCUCGUACACAGGGUAUUUCCUCUUUGAGGAGAAAAGACCCUGGCUAGAUGCUGCUCACAUGAUCUGCAUGCUAGACUUGCCACAAGUCGACCUCGAACGAAACGCAAGCAGCGAGCGCGGCGAGUCUAAUGAUCUACUAAAAUCUAGCAGAUUUCUUUUUAACUAACUUGGAUUCUUUUGCGACAAUCAUAGAAAAUGCAAAUUAUAAAUGAAUUAAACUGUAAAAAUCAUCCAAAUAUUUAAUUAUUAAUUAACCUCAUCUAGGAUUGCUAAUCGCAAUGCCCCAGCUUUAUCUUUAUUAUCUUUAUUAUCACCCUUAUAAUUAAUGUCUCCCCACAAAUACCCAACCAGCAUCUGAUUGGGUAUUUGAUGUUGUAGAAAUCACUCUCAUCACAAGCAGCAUGGUCUUCAGUACUUUUACCUUCCUCUUCAGGACUUUGAACAGUAAUACAACCAUUACUACUUGAAGACCAAAACUACUGAAAAACUUGCUGAAAAAGUUCUGAAGCUUGAUUAUAUUCACUAUUCUGACUUGCUUUAUUAGUAAAUAAUCUCUCCCAUGGCCAUUUAAUUGCACAGUGGUGAAAACUAGAACGUCUUUUUUCAGCAAAUGCUAUUUCUCUGCUUAUUUCUGAGAGUGUUUUUCUGGUCCUGCCUGGCUAAAACAAACUUCAGACAAACACAAAAUGUUCUGCAUUUCUACGAGGGCAGACUUACUCUCAUUGAAUGCUGCUUCCACUGCCAAAAAAAUUAAAAUACAGUACUCAUUUGAAGGCGGCUUGUACAGCUUCUAAAACCAUUUGGAAAAACGAUGUCAAACUCCUUGCUGUAUAAAUAUUGGAAGAGAUAUUGCAAUAUUCAACACGAUUAGAAUGUGGGUCGGAAAGUGUAAGCUCGCUUUCAGCUUCUUUGUCUAGAAAAACUCUGUAUUUGGCAAUGAUCGAAUUUGCUGUCGCCAUGUUUAUUUUCCUAACUAACUUGUUACCAGUCUUCUGCAUCACACAUCGAUCAGCGCGCCUAUAUCCGUUUCACCGCCUAUUAUAUAAGCGCCCUGAUUAGCAAUAAUGCCUCUUCGUCACCCUGACAUGUACACGCGGUAACGUGAACAUUUCAAGGCGAGAAAGUGACAGUGCUAAAGGCCCCUCACAUACUCAGCCUGAAAUUGAUCAGGCAUAAGUGACUAUCAUCGGGCGUGCGAAGUAUAUGGGGCGCCAAACCUGGCAAAAUAAAAAUGGUUCGUGAUAUAAAGUAUAUUAAAAUUUACCCCUCUGAUGUAAGAUACGAUACACGAGAUAGCUCGUUAUAUAAAGUAUAACUGUGUACACAUCAAUAUAUAAGAUAUAACCGUAGUGCCACAAUAUACAAAGUAUAUUAUAACUGUCCGCAAUCUAGGUUAUAGAAAUAGACUGGGGCGAGUUUUUAAUUAUUCAUGUGCUUCCCAUUUUAAAAUUUAUUUCCGGCUUUGAAAUUUAAUCAGGAAAAUUAAUCAGGAAUAAAUUAACGAAUUCUGCCAUUUUCUGCUUUAUAACGCGAGAAAUGUCGCGCGGGAAAUCUAGUUAAAAAUAUGGCGACGAACCUGAAAAGAACAUAAACACAUUUAAUGAGUAUAUUCCAAGUCUUAUGUCUGAGGCUCAUAGGCAAAUGUUUAAAAUUUGUGGUAAUAUUCAAGUUUUGAAUAUAUUGUAUGAUCCGUGUCAAGGUGGAUAUAUGACAUUAAACUGCAUAAAAACAUUGGUAUAUUGGUCUCAAAAUUGCAGAAAUUGCCCAAUGAUUACGAACAACAGUGGAUCGAAAAUUAUGAUUCGUCGCACUUUACUUGCCAUGUUGUAGACGGGCAAGAAAAUCGUAAACUAGGAAGACAAAGAUACGUUGUUCCUUGAGAGAAGCUUAACUUGUUUAUUCCAAAUACACGGCAAGUGGGAUAUCGAUAUUAUCACAAAACAUUUGCCUAUGAGCCUCAGAUAUGAGACCUGGAGUAUUCUCAUGAGAAAUGUAUUGAUGUUGUUUUCAGGUUCGACGCCAUAUUUUCUAGCUAGAUUUCCCGCGCGACGUUUCCCGCGUUAAAGCAGAAAAUGGCAGAAAUCAUCAUUUCGUUAAUUUAUUCCUGAUUAAUUUUCCUGAUUCAAUUUCAAAGCCGGAAGUAAAUUUUAAAAUGAACUUGCCAAAAUCUAUUUCUAUAACCUAUAUCGCGGACAGUUAUAUUAUACUUUGUACAUUGUGUCACUAGGGUUAUAUCUUAUAUAUUGAUGUGUACAGAAGUUAUACUUUAUAUAACGAGCUAUACUUUAUAUCACGAACCAUUUUUAUUUUGUCAGGUUUGGCGCCCCAUACCGAAGCUCUGCCAAAAACGGUUACUCUUAGUUCUUUCAGUUCAAUUUUACACAGCAAUAGUUUUGUUUGCGCUUGUGAGAUUUUAUCCUAGACAUAUACGCAUGUGCAGAACACAUCAUAAGUUUUAUUCCCGUGUUUAUCCAGCUUAAUUAAUUAAAUUGAAAUAUGUUCUAUCACGAUGCAUUUCAGUGCAUAUGUCCAUAUGCAUGUCCUUACAAAUGUAGAGCCAGUGCAACGUUGGAUAUAUAGGUUCAUUGUCAUACAGUCCUGACAAGCAGCAACGUAAUCUUCCAGCCGAAAAUAAUUACUUUUGAUUCGGGUCAGUAGUUAUAAUAAUAGAGGCAUUAUUGGAUAUAUUGCAGCCAGCUUCGGCCUUCGGCCUCGCCUCAGCUGGCUGCAAUAUAACCAAUAAUGCCGUUGGCCUCAGUAAUUAUCUAAUAAAUAAUAUUGUGGAAUUGUCCUGAAAGCGAACUAAACAUUAUACAUACUUGUCGGUGUUUUUUUUUAUCUAUUUAUAUAUUUUAUUUCCUGCAUGUUAAAUUUCCAAAUACUUCUUCUCCAAAUACUUCCUCAAUACUUCUUCUAAAACUUUGUCAAUAUGCUAUAAAAGAUGACGUAGUGUUGACUCUCCAAGUAAGUGUCCAGUCAGUGUCCUUCCUUGAAUCAAUUCCUUCACUGCAAUCUGUUACGAAAUGUUGCUACUACUAUGCAUGCUUGUCCUAUCCGCUAAAUGCAACAUUAUUUCAUUGUUAGGGUCCUUACAUGGUUACAGAGGCAUUAAUACCAUACUCGAAAGGUGGUCCCAGUGUUCAUUUUGUAUCAAAUAUUGAUGGCACACAUUUGGCGAAAACUUUGGAUAAAUUGAAUCCAGCUACAACUUUGUUUAUUGUCGCAUCGAAGGUAUCAUUUUAGUAUUGUACUUUUUAAAUUCAGAGCCGUGUUCGAACUGUCGGUCGUCGCAGACCGUUGCUAUGCCUGUUGAGCUGUCGAGUCAACACGGAUUGCUAUAUAUAUAUAACCAGUCUUAUCCAAUUUAAGUAUACCAAAUAUUUUCUUGACCUUAACGGUUAUCUUGGAGGAUGUGCCGGACGAACGAACCUCAAGCUCACCGAAGAUACAAGUUCAUCUUCCCCCUCGAAACAACAAAUUUUUCGUUGUACGUUCCCUGCAUGCAGUGUCAGUAUCAUAAAUAUGAAAUUAGAUUUUGGUGCACAGUUUUCAACUUUGCAGUAUUGAUUAUAUGGGCGGCAAAAUUCAUAUAGAUCAUAUAGGAACGGCAUAUAUAGUAUCCUAGAUCCUUGCAUGUGAUAUCUGCAGAGUUAUAGUUUUUACUUUGUCAACAAUUUGGCGAAUAUACCUUUACUAUCUACACUAAUAUUGGAACUACCAAAAUAUUUCAACGAUCGACCAAAAAGCUAUAAAAAUGCCACGAUCAAAUUAGACAUGCCAUCAAAUAUUUGCUGUAGAAAAUAAUAUCAGGUCUAUUUCACCUCGUUACAACCUCGUUCCCAGGCUCUUUCCUCUUGUGGAGGAAAACCCCUGGUCAGAGCUGGUCACGUGACCCAUAAAAAAUUGAUAGCCUAAGAGGGGGAUGGAAAAGUCUCAUAUUACAUGUUUCCACUUCCGCACUUCACACUUCGUUUGCAAGGAGUGGCCGUUCUGUACAAUCAUCUUUGAGAAUCAUAAUAUAUUUUUCAAAAUACUAGCUAAAUUGAUUUAUGUUUGCUUUUAAGUUAUACAAACAUGCUAAAAUGCAGAUUCUUAUAGCAACAGAUAAGUCAGGAAAUCAAGCAACGAAAACGUAUGACCGUAUGCUUUGAAAUAUUUGCCCUUUUAUUUUCUCGGGGUUCGGGCGCAGUUUCAUUUCACGCGUAUGUUUCUGUUCUGGCUCUGGUUCAGAUAUUUGUAAUAUUCUUAUAAUAUGCCAAUGAAUUGUUGUCAUAUGGAAACGGUAUAAAUUUUGUUCAACUGAGGUCUCAAAAGCGACUGUGUAGGUCGUAGCGCCUUGCUAGUCUUAUAGCGAACGUGACACAUUUGGACACUAGCCAAAUACACAUUGAAUUGAACGUCCAUUCUAUUGAUUCUUAAACUGUUUAUAGACAUAUUAUGUAUUGCUCUAGAUUUUUUUUAAAAAGGUUAUCGUCGUUUAGAUUAAACACCAUGCAGGUAGGAAGACAAAAUAUAACGUACAAAAUUGUUUGGGAUCGACAGUGCAUGCACACAUGCAGCAUACGACAGUUCACAAAUGUAUGCAUUUCCUUUUUGUCUGCACGAGUACCUGUUUGUUGAAGCCAAAAUAUUGCACAGCAUCUCCUAAAAAUUAUAUCGCCAUUAGCCCUCGCCCCUUGAAUGCAAAGGAAUGAUAGCCAAAAAUGUUUAGCAAAGUAUUUUUUAUUGAUCUGGUGUCCCUACGUUUUAUCAGGGAUAUAUAUAUAUAUAUAUAUAUAUAUAUAUAUAUAUAUAUAUAUAUAUAUAUAUAUAUAUAUAUAUAUAUAUAUAUAUAUAUAUUUAUAUAUAUGAAAAAGUUUUGGUUGCCAUGCCUGGAUAUAUGUGCUGGGUGUUGGUAAUGAUUUCUUCAGGCAAAAGUAAGCUUAAAAACUUUAAUAAGUUUGUCAGACGUUUCGCCGAUUAGAUUACUUAAUUCUUACUUACUUAACUCUUAUCUAAUUUUUUUAAUAGAUUUUUAACUAUGUCCAUUUUAGCAUGACCUAUUAUCCAUAGCACAUUACGCAUGUAAUUUAUGUAUGUUUUAUUAAUGAUAAUUAGGUGGACUUGUGUAUACAUAGGAUAGAAUAUUAUUAUAGAUUUAUUGUGUCACUGAUGAAGCCCUAACCGACGAAACGUCUGACAAACUUAUUAAAGUUUUUAAGCUUACUUUUGCCUGAAGAAAUCAUUACCAACACCCAGCAUAUAUAUAUAUAUAUAUAUAUAUAUAUAUAUAUAUAUAUAUAUAUAUAUAUAUAUAUAUAUAUAUAUAUAUAUAUAUAUAUAUAUAUAUUACAAAAUGAGUUUUACUGUAAUAAGCCUUUUAUAGUUUCCAUUGACAGAUAGGUUGUUUGCCUCCAGUAUCGUUUGGUGAAACUUCUAAAAUGUCGAUUACAGUGUACGAUAAAUAUUAAACGGUUGAUUUAAAUAUUGAUAACUUACAGCGGCAUUAUACAAGUCGAAAGAAGCUGGAUUUUUAAGCUGGAUUCUUCAAAUACAGCCCUCAAUGGGCAAUGCCAAUGAAAAGUCUUUAUUAGAUUUAUAAUGUACCUGCUGCAAAUUACUGUAGUACACGAAAUAUUAAAUAAUUUACUAUAAAGUACAAUACCAGAGUACCUAUAGAAGUACAAUACCAGAGUACCCAAUACUAUAAAGUACAAUACCAGAGUGCUAAUUAAUUUCACUACUGUGGUUUCACUUACUCACAUUAUUAAUCUAGUAAUUCGCAAGGGAAUUAUUCCCGCUGACUGGAAGUGUGCCAGUGUAUCAGCAAUUUAUAAACAUGAUUCAAAACUAGAUUAGAAUAAUUAUAGACCUAUUUCAGUCCUUCCAGUAGUUUCAAAAUUUUUUGAAAAAGUUGUCUUUGACCAAGCAUAUGCCUUUUUAAACAAAAACAACCUUUUAUCUGUCAUACAGUCAGGAUUUAGACCUCUUCACUCAACGUUAACAGCUAUGCUUGAUGUCACUGAUAAAUGGUACACUAACAUGGACAGUGGGUUAAUAAAUGCUGUCUUAUUCAUUGAUUUAAAAAAGGCUUGUGAUACCAUUGAUCAUAACAUUUUACUACAGAAGUUAACUUGUUACGGUUCCAACAUAGAAACGAUUGAUCUUUUUAGAAACUAUCUUUCUGAUCGUACUCAAAUAACAGUUAUUAACAACGUACAAUCUGAUACUCGUAAAGUAACAUGUGGAGUUCCUCAGGGGUCUAUCUUAGGUCCACUACUGUUUUUAAUAUAUAUAAACGACCUACCUAAUAGUGAAUUGGUAUCAGAUGGGCGUUUAUUCGCUGAUGAUACCAGCUUGACUUUUGCGGACAGCAACCCUGACAAGUUGAUUUCUGUUCUAAAUGACGACCUUAAAACUCUCCAAAACUGGCUUAACCUGAAUAAACUAAGCCUGAAUGCGAUUAAAACUAAAUGUAUGUUUAUGGCAUCCAGGCAAAAAUUAAGUACUAUUCCUGAAGAACCUAAUAUUGCUAUCUCCGGAAACAAAAUUGAAAGAGUUAGAUCUUACAAGUGUUUAGGUUUAAAACUGGACGAGAGUUUGACAUGGGAGCAUCAUGUUUCUACUAUCAUCUCCAAAGUCUCCAAGUGAUUGGAGUUCUACGAAGACUAAAACCAUUGCUCCCACAGUCAACUCUUGUCAUGAUCUAUAACUCUUUAGCACAGCCAUACUUUGAUUAUUGUAGUAUUGUCUGGGAUAGCCUAUAGGUAAGGGUCUUGGACAAAAGUUACAGCGAUUACAGAAUAGGGCUUCAAGAAUUAUUACUGAAUCUGAUUAUAACAUCCGGUCAUCAGAUAUUUUAACAUCAUUGAAUUGGACUAACCUUGAAACCAGACGUACCCAACAAUUCAAAACUUUUAUGUACAAAACUGUUAAUAAUAUGGUUCCUAGUUACUUGUCUGGAAAAUUUACUUCCACGUCAAUGAUACACGAACAUAGUUUGCGUGGAUCUAGUCAUAAACGUUUUGUACCAAGACCCUCAACGGAAUCCUUGAAGAAAAGUUUUUCCUAUAAAGGAGCUACCCUAUGGAAUGACAUACCCGUCGAACUCACUAGAGUUCAAUCUCUCGCUGAGUUUAAAUCUAAAAUAUCUUAAUAUUUCUUUUAUAUUAGUUUCUUUGCAUGUGUAGUUUGUUACUUUUGUAAAUAGUUUGAUACCUUUUUAUUAGUAAUUAGUCUACUAGUAUAGGUACACGUCUCCAUUCAUGAAGAGCACAUAACAUAACCUGUGAAAUGGACCUCGUGUUUUAAAUAAAGAUGUCAAUCAAAAUCAAUCAAAUAUCGUCCUAGAUGUUCAAGUUGUACCGCACGCACGGAAGAGUCUUGGUGUUCGUGUGAUAACAGAUAGCUAUACUUCGACAUAAUCUUUCUUAAUCGUUGAGUUUCAGCAAUGUAAAUAAAAGGAAUUUUAUAGUCCAUAACCGGUCUUAAUCAUGUGCUUUCACAGUCAAAACACAGCGAUGUUUGGGAAAUCAAAGGAUCCCGUUAUAAAAUAAAUCCUUUGUUUUGAAUAUCGGAUAGGAUACACUUCAACUAUUAACAACCAUAUCGUUCGUUUAAUACCACCGUUUGAUCGAACAGUCGGUGUAGAAGAUAUUGAUGUUUCUACGGCGAUACGUGCUAAACUUCGCAAGCCUGCCAAGCCAGGCGCUUGUGGAGUGUUUUCCUUGCAAGUGAAAUAUGAUCCAGCUUCUCGCUUGAAAUGUAACGCAACACUUGUUAUUGAUGACAUUCAGUACAGCAGGAAGUCUUGUCAUGAUCGGUACGAAUUUAGAACAGUUCCUUUCACAAUCUCUUGUUGCAAGUUACGUUUUUAUCAGCCGAAAUUAUAACACAUAAAGUUGCAAUUUUCCAAACGCAACAAACAGACUACUCUACUACCCCUCCCUGAGAUCAAAUUCAAUUUGGCCCCAAAAUCUGAGGGUUCACGUGACCAGCUUCGACCAGGGAUUUUCCUCCACAAUAGGAACGAGCCUGGGAACGAGGUUGACCUCGAUAUAGCAUAUAUGAAUUAACCUUUUAAUAUAUAUAGUAAAUUAACUUAGGGUACUAUUUCCAUAUUUUAUUUAGACUUUCACUACAAUCGAGACUAUUACAAAUGCAAUGUCUGCAAGGAAAUGGUUGUUGGAUGCUGCAGGAGAUGUCAGUAAAUAAAGUUAUUUAUUAUAUAAAGUGUAGUGCUUUAUAGAGAUUUCUAGCACUGAUAAAAGUGAUAAUCUCACAUGUGAGAUUAUCAUAAAUAAUUAUCGCUUUUCAAUUAUCGCUUUUCUGUAAAAAUUAUCGCUUUCCAAAGACUGUCCUUUAUAUAAUAAACAGAAAAAUACGUGGGUGCUUGGAAAUACCAGAUUUAUUUCUCGUGAGAUAUUUAUCACUCGUGAGAUAUCAUGUUCAACACUCGAAAUAAAUCUGGUAUUUCCGCGCACCCAUGUAUUAUUCUCUAGAUAUUGCGAUUUAAUGCUAAAAAGUGCCCGCGUCAAUGUGCCUGCAUGCGUUCUCAAUUUUAUUUCUGAAUAUAAUUUCAGUUCGUUCUAAGAGUUUAGCAAACCAGAUUUUAAUCGUGAAAUAUAUAGUAACUUUUAAGCCCAUAACUUACAUAAUAUAUAUAAGCUUGGUAUACAGCAUGCACGUGCAUGGAUUCUGCAUGUGUAGUAUUCACUGCAACGCAAUUGUUUAUAGAGUCAUCAGUCAUGGAAGUUUGGUUGGACGCAGUUGUUAUUUUCUUGAUUUUUUUUUAAUUUGAAUGAAAUUACUCGAAUUUUGCAUUUACUAUUUAGUUGGUCUUUGGUGAGAUGUUGGCAGUCAUUAUAUAAAAUACGGAAUGGAUAUAGCUAAUAUUACAUAGAAGAAGCGUUCUUGUUAUACAUAUGAGAAAAGUAACAGUAUUUUCGUGCUGCAUGCUGUAUUAAAACAAACAGAUUAAUUUGCCUUUUUGAGAUACCUGGAAUAUUUUUACAAUACUAUAGUUUACAUAUAAGUGCAUGAAAGUGAAAAUAUUGAAAUCUUUUCACUUUGUAUACAAUUCCUUUUAGACAUCAGCUGUGGCAAAACAUUUUGUGGCCUUGUCAACAAAUGUGGUAUGUUACAAAACAUUAUUAGGCCAAGUAAAUAAAAAUAUAUGUUUCUCGUCCUCGCCCGCUUCCUUUUUCUUGGCCACUUCCCUUUUUUAUUGCUGGUGUUUCUCUACAAAUUUCGCUUCAUGUUUUUGAACUUUCUUUUUGAUAACUUGAAGCUAACUUGAAGUAUUAAUCUGGAACUACUGCGGGCUCAUUCAAAAUCCUAUCCGCUGACCAAUUUCCAAUAAAAUUAGAAUUUAUAUGUUUGCUCUGUUGUCAGGACUACUUUCUAAGUCCUUUUAACUUUCAAAUAGGAUUUCAUGUUAAUUUUUGCGCUAAAAAAACUGCCUGAAUUUUGAUUGAAUUUUCGCGCGAGAACAUUUCGCCUCAGCUCACACACGUUGGUUAAUAAAAUGACUCAUGGCGUUAAACCGCCCUACAUUUAAGCGCUCUGAUUCUGGCAUCUUAAUUAAAUUUAUAGCUUUAAUGAACCUAUUCCCUAAUGAACAAAAUUUUGAUCUAGACAAGUCUAAACAAAAAUUUCAUAACAGCUUGAAAGAGCAUCACAAAAUUAGUAAUAUUCCGACGUUUUGUUGCGAAAUGUUGUAAAAUGCGGAUAAUAUAGCCCUGCGAAGUUUGCCGUUUUUCAGUCAUUUUGUAUUACGCGCGGGAAAUUGAUACCAUUGUUCAGAAAGCGGUAUCAAUUUCCCGUGCGUAAUACAAAAUGACUGAAAAACGGCAAACUUCGAUUCGCAGGCUAUAUUAUCCGCAUUUUACAACAUUUCGCAACCAAACGUCGGAAUAUUACUAAUUUUGUGAUGCUGAUGCAUUCAAGCUGUGAUGAAAUUUUGUCUAGACUUGUCUAGAUCAAAAUUUUGUUCAUUCGGGAAUAGGUCCAUUUAAGCCGGACGGACAAAUUCCCUAAGCCUACAGACGAGAAAGUUUUCUUUAACAGGUUUUCGUGCCCAAUUUUGUACUAUGACAAGUACACUUUGCGACAUUAUACAGUAUAUUCAAGGCCGGAUUUUGGUGUAAAUGAUGGGGCAAGUGGAAAAACAUUUAGAGGAGGUGCCGUUGUCUAAUAUAGCCUGUGAACAGACGUUACUCUCGACGAAGUGCGCGAGAGAACGUCUGUUAGUUGGACGAAGAUUCCUUGUUCUGCAUGGUUACGUGGAUUUUCCACAGAUUUGUGGAAAGGCCUCUGAUUGGACAGUGCUUUAUUUGAAUAAUAUAUGACAAAUGAAGAUAUUUCGGGGCAUACAAAAGUUUGAAAGAUUUGAAAUAUAAUCUGAAAAACGAUACACCAGAAAUAUAUUGUAUACAGCUAUUUCAAUUAAGGUUGUCCACGAGCAAAGCGGAAAAGUCGAAUACGAGCGCGAAAGGAUGCUGGGAAUCGCUUUGAAAAUUCAUUAAUUUGUUAGCGACUUUUCCGCUUUGCUCGUGGACAACCUUAAUUGAAAUAGCUGUAUAUUUCUCGAUGAAGAGAUUUGUUUUGAAUGCGAACAAUGCUGAACGAUGAUGAAAGCCGGCAAGUCCGGUGCACAUGCUCAGUUCUUGGCGCACAUAUGGCGUAUAUAGUUGUUUACAAAGACAAAGUAUUAAAUAUAAACACAACUGGUUAUUCAAAAGGUGAAUUUUAAAGUAUGAUUAAAAGUUAAUUGGCCAGGUAUAAGACGAAGUUAAACAUAUUAAAGGAAACCUUUUGUCGCGGGUCUGGACAUAUAAACAGAUUGUCAAUUUAAUUGUCAAUUAUAAAUUGUCAAUUUCCGUCCGAUAGUUUUUUUGUUGCUGUGUGUCCAAACGCUAGAAUUUUAUCUUGAUUUUCUUAAUUUCGAUACAGUACAAAAUUAAACGCAACAGAUCCUUUUAUGCCCCGAAGGAAAUCUUCAUUCUUGAGCAAAUCUCUGAAUUUAAAAUUUUUGUGUUGUUAUUUUAAACGCAUGCUAAUUAUCAAUUAACCAAUGAAAUAUCUUUAUUUGUCAUAUAUUAUUCAAAUCAAGCACUGUCCAAUCAGAGGCCUUUCCACAAAUCUGUGGAAAAUCCACGUGACCAUGCAGAACAAUAAAUCUUCAUCCAAUUCACAGACCAUAGUCUAAACUGACAGCCACCAUGAAAUAUUCGCCCCCCCCCCCCCUCUUAAUCAACUAGGUGACGUAUGCAUGCACAUUUUAAUAUCACUGUAGGCUAAUCCACUUUUGCCCUUCAUUACAUUGAUCCAAAACUUAUUCGGAAACAUUGCAUUAAAAGGGUAUCUGCAUGACGCUGAGAUAUGAAUGGCCAUCACUGUUUCAAUUAUACAUAAAAAAGUCUUACAAAGUGUAGACCCCAAGUAACACACUUUGAUCCAUCAUUUAACCUUUCCCAAGGAGAGGCGCAUGCCUUUUCAGGGCGGUGCAAAACGAUCUCAUAGGAGAUUAAAAAAGAUGGCUAUGUUAAUGUUUAAUAAAUUUCUUACUUAUCCAGGAAAAAGUGAAAAGUUUUGGAAUUAAAGCAGAAAAUAUGUUCACUUUUUGGGAUGUAAGUGAGUCCUGUUAAGUUAUAACGGUCUUAUUUAGCAAGCCAUUCACGGUGAAAGUAGACUGCAAUGAUUUGUGGCAAUGGAUUAGCAUUCACUUUAAAUAUGCAAGUAUUUGUGUAAUUUUACACCAAGAUUGUAUGAAAUAGUAAGAAUUUUGGGCAUCUCAGUCGAUAUAACUAAUUGUUGAAGGGAUUUGUAAAUGGAAAUUGAGAGUGGAAUUUUUCUAUAUUUAUUAGACCUAUAACCAGAGCCCACCAAAUAACAAAAAAAUUAUUAGCUAACUUUUUACUUUUAUUAAGUUUGACUUUGAAGUUAUUUGCUGGGCUCUGCUCUUUAUCUUUCAACUAAGAUUUCCGCCUGGUGUACCAGGAGAAAAAUGCACCUAUAAGCAGGAAUUGAACUUGCGGAUAUUACAAAUGUUUGUUAAAUUGUUCUACAAGUUUUAUUCUCCACGAUUUCUUGAUAAGCAACGUUGUGAUCUGCCUCAACACUUCUAUAUCGUUCACCCGUCGCCUUCACAGAAUACACGUAGCUAUAGGUGGGCAAGAGAAAAAUGCUUGGUCGCGCUACCUGUCACAUUUGGUCCACACUUGCCUAAGCAAAGUAACCUCAUAGAUUUUGCAAGCUCAUUAUAUAAUUUCUCCAGAGUGUUAGCUGAACAAAGUGACGUCAUAGAUUUUGCAAGCUCAUUAUAAAAUCCGCCAGAGUGUUAGCUAAACAAAGUGACGUCAUAGAUUUUGCAAGCUCAUUAUAAAUUCCGCCAUAUGGAGGUCUAUUACUACUCAUAUGAGUGAUUACAAAAUCACCCGACCGCGUAGCGGGAGGUUGAUUUGUUAAUCAUGAGUAUGAUUAUGGUAUUAAUAGCACUUAAUUCGUUCUAUUACUUAUUAAUUAUUUAUCUUCUGUAAUCAAACUGUUUAAGGGGAAAAAGCGCAAAAAUACAAUUCAUUGAAAUUCAAUAUAAUUAUUAUUUUAUAAUUAUUAAUUUUUGUUACGACAAUUCUUAGUGACAUAAUUUUGAAUUAAAUUUAUCAUAAUCAAAUUAACAUAUUAUUAACUUCCGGGUAUUAUUUCCGGUAUAAUCACAUGACAACAUUGUUUGAAUUUAAUUAUUCGGCAGUCAACACAUAAUUGGGAAGCCAUGUAUUGCAUGUUUAUAACGUGUUCAAAAUAGUGAAGUUCUUAAUUAGUUCAGUUUAAUCUGAAUCUGAGUCAAAUAUAACCGCUGGUUGUGUCUGGUUCGGUGUCUAAAUCUGCUGGAAGAACAGGUAGGUCAUUUUCGUCAGAAAAUAUAUAAUUUAAAAAGUCAAAAUUUUCAAAAUUUGUGAAUUCCUCCAUUUUGAGAAUUUUUACAGCAAUAAAGAAAAUAAAAUUCAAAGUUUGUAUCCUGAAUGUUGAUUGUCAAGUUGUAAAUACUAGACUGAUUGUCAUUGGCUGUAGACAAGGGUGCGAUUACAGCUCAGAAAAGGUGCGAUUAACGCUCAAAUCGCACUCCUGUAAACCAAUGAAAUUGCAGUAUUUGCCCCUGAUUACAGAAGAUAAAUAAUUAAUACUUUAACAGUAUAUAUUUCUCAGCAGUAUAAGAUGUCUGAGUAUGCCAGAGCAAAUAAUAACUUCUUAUUAACCGAACGCGAGGUCUGUACAGAGAAAUAUCGAACUGAGGUCUUUUUUGUGCAGUCCGAGCCCAUAGGGGCGAGGUAGCAGUAUAACAUGUCUGAGUAUGCCAGAGCAAAUAAUAACUUCUUAUUAACUGAACGCGAGGUAUGUACAGAUAAAUAUCAAACCGAGGUCUUUUUUGUGCAGGAGGCGAGGUUUGUACAAAUAAAUCGGAUCCGAUAUUUCUCUGUACAUAUCGAGCGAGCGAGGUUAAUAAAAAAAUAUAAUAUAGCAUUUAUAGGCAUUUAUACUUGAAACAAACCAGGAGAUGCUGCAUGAUUUGAAAUGUAUAUUGGCCAUUCAUUGGUCAUUGUUUACACACCUGAUACCUACGCUGUCAAUUCCCACAAACUAUAAGAUAACCAUAAGUAUAUGGCAGCAUCUGUUAUAGAGAUUAUAUUGCCAUUGCCAAUGAUUUUCAACCAUUCCAAACAUUGCCAUUGACUAUAAACUGCCAUGCAGGACACUAUACUGCUUGGUUAAAAUUUAGCACUUUGCUUUGGAAACAUUAAGUGAGAGCAUUUGCUGCCUCGCUGAUUGUGAAAUUGGGUGAUUGGGUCACACUUCUAAACAUCUAAGCACUUAUCAAAUACCUUUCAAAACCACAAGUACAUAAAUAUCAAAUACCACCUCUAGAAUGUUGUUGCCAUAGUUUUGCCGCUGAUCUCUAUAUAAUAUGUGUACAGCCAUAAAAUCAACAACGCGAGUUGAUAUCGACAGGAAGGUUGUGUUGCCCAUUAUGAACAAGUUGUCAACAAUGUUGUUGCAAGUUUUGUUGACAACUUGUUCAUUGUCAGUGCUGCCCACAGGUGCUGCCUGUCAAUAUCAACCCGGAACAAGUUGCUGAUUUUCUCAAUUUUUACGUGUGUACCACUGUGCUUUUUAUCGCAGACUCAGAAACCAUCACAUUUUAAAGAUUAUCUUGAGUCUGACUUUAUUUUUUUAUAUUAUUAUAUAUUCAAAAUAUCAUGUAGGAUGUAGACGUAGUAGGUAAGGACUGUCCAAUAUGUCCAAAGUAUAAAUAUAUUAUGGCAAAUUAUAUAUUAGAAUCAUGUACUGUGUUUGACGACACGUCUCUUUUGAAUUUUAUGCUUUCAGAAUCAGUUAAGUUUAUACAUUGUAGUAUAUUGCUAUUUGCUACUUGAUUUAUUUUGAGGAAGGUUUGAAAACUUUAAAUUUUACCCGGAGGAAAUUUGAACAAGUUUUGCAACUCUGCCGACGGGACGGGACGGGACGUUUUCAUCCCGCCUAGACGGGAAACUCGCCUAGUGUUUGUAGUAUAUUCAAAUUAUUCUGUAAUAUUCUAUAGGCUAUAGUUAUGUAAAUUAAUCAUUGUGUAUUUAAGUAAACGAGUAAUAGAUUAAAGCACACUUUUUAACUCGAUAUAUUACAUGGUGUCAGGUAGACUUGAAUAACGUUCAAAAUGAAUGAAAUAAGAGGACCCGGUGAAAUGGAUUUCACCAGCCCACAAAAUCUAGCAGAGACGCUGGAGACGUAGCAUGGAGUAUUACUUGAUAGCGACAUGCACCGCAAAAACCGAGCCACAGAAAGUCGCAAUUUUCAUGUGUAUGAUUGGUAAAGACGGGCAGGAAAUUAAAGAUACGUCGAAUUUGAAACUCGUGAAAAUGGACAACAAGUGAUCACCACAGCAAUCCUUUUCGACAAAUUCGAAGCACAUUGUAAACCCAAGAAGAAUCUCGUUGUUGAACGGCAUCGUACACACAGAUUCGCGGGAACGAACGUACAGUCGAAGCAACCCGAAAAUACGGAACAUAAACAGCAGUCAAGAAGCCCAGAACACCAGCAAGCAAGCAAUGAUGGUGCAGAGGGUUAUCGUACACGUUCGGGACGAUUGGUUAAACAACCAAAUAGGUAUUAAUAGAGACAUUUUAAAACAAUGUAGGAAAAUAUGGAACACUAUGUAGGAACACUAUGACGAUUAAGAACACUAUGAUUUAGGGAAUUUAUUACGUUUGCAGAAUAUUCAAAUAAGAAAAAAGGGGAAAAAAAUGUUAGUUUUUUUUUUGAAGGGGGGUAGUAAUAUAUUGAAAUUAUUCUGUAAUAUUCUAUAGGCUAUAGUUAUGUAAAUUAAUCAUUGUGUAUUUAAGUAAACAAGUAAUAGAUUAAAGCACACUUUUUAUCUCGAUAUAUUACAGUGUUUAUAUGGACAAAAUAUAUUACUCGGAUGAAGCCAUUUAAGUGCCUGAUGUCAUAUUUUUGUUGCAAUAAAGGCAUUUACGCAUACUCAAAAGGGAAAAGUUAAGUUCAUCCCGCCUAGCCGGGAGGAAGCGUUUAUAUGGGAAUUUUUCAUCUCGGUUAGGCAGGAUCCCGGCAUCUGUUGCCGAGAUCCCUUCUAGGCGGGAUAAGUGACGGGAUCAUAUAAACACUCUUUAGAAUUUGCAUUACGAGCGAGAUCUCGGUGAGCAUCCCGUCCCGCCUGGCCGGGAUCAUAUAAACAGGCCCUGAAAGUGCUUCUCAGCCAAGCACAGUUCGCCAUUUUACCGGAAGUCAUGCUUGCCAUAUAAUAAGUAUAAAUUAAUUACAACUUCUCUAUAGAAAGGGUGGAUUACCACCAGACACAAAACAAAAGAUCAGUGUCGUGGAGCAAAGGAGAAAACUCGAGCAUGCUAUACGAAGUAUUUAUUAUAAGGGACUGGUCAUAAAGUAACUGCUAGGGUGGGCUGGAGGUAAAUCACAAAUUUUGCCAAUAAGUUCGGUGACCCAUCUUAGGAUGUAGAUAAAAAUUUCAAAGCCCAUCUAAUCUUACAAAACAUUUUUCAUGACCCACCCAAUCUAAAUUGGGAAAAUACACUUUUAUAAUAAAAAAAACUUGCAGGUAUGAACAUUUUAAUUAUACACGGCACUGUAUUGACAUACAUAAUUCCACCAAGCUUGACCAACACAUUGAUACUGAACUGCUCUCCAGUUGGUUGUAUUUGCUGUGAUUCGACCACUUUUUGUUGUUGCAUAAACAAAGUACUGGCUUCAAUAGCAUCAUUUGCAUUUGAUAACUUGGAUAGUUUUGUUUACUUUUAUUAUUAAUAUCUUUAUUUUUUGAAGUAGACUUGCAUGGGUUUUUGUUUGGUGGCCCAACCGUGAACAUACAAAAAAAUUGGUGGCCCAUCGAAACUGCCCAAAGAUUUUCCAUGGCCCAUCCCAAAUCACUCCAGCCCACCCUAGCAGUUACUUUAUGACUGGUCCCUAAUGGAAGUGCGUAGCACGAGCAGCAUUAUGAAUAUUUCACCAUUUGGCCCCCUCGCAUUAUUAUAAAUACUUCCCCAGUUCCAAACACAUAUGUGAUUUUUCAUCAAUACUUCGAUAAAUAUAUAGAAAAAUAAGCUAAUUAAAAGUAGGUUUACACUUCCCCAAUUUUUGCAACAUGCAUCUUGCACGAUUCGUAUUUUGUGGCAUAUACUGAUUUAUAUAAAGUCAAGUAUAAAACAUAAAGAGGUUACAUUUCUAAUUUUGGCAAUGGGGAAUCAUGUUGUCAGUAGUAAUUUUCUUUCGCCGGGAUACGAAUCGUGGACAACAAAUUGCAACUUGUUUAAUUGUGGAUAUGUCCUCAAUCUGACAGGCAGUAUGAGCUCAUGUGACAUUUUGAUUGUGCCACUCUUUCAAACUCCCUUACUGGCGUGAUACUGUAUUUGUUCCGGCUUUGGCUUGUAUUUUGUGUGGACACAUUUGCGUAAAUAGUAAUUCAUGUUUUUUCAAUUAUUCUAGUGGGUUGGUGGUCGUUAUUCGUUAUGGUCAGCCAUUGGUCUGUCAAUUGCUAUUAAUAUUGGUAUGAUACAUCCUAUUACUUAAAUCAUAGUCAAUCAAGAUAUUAUAUUUAAUCUUAAAAAAUAUAUAUAUAUAUAUAUAUAUAUAUAUAUAUAUAUAUAUAUAUAUAUAUAUAUAUACGAACGAGCGCAAUAUUGUUUUUAACACGAGAACAUAACAGCCAUAUCUUCAAGCCACCGCGCGGGCGUUGUGAAAACCCGGAAUGCCGGAAUAUCACGUUAUAUGGCGGAAUAUCACGGAAUAUUGCGGAAUAUCACGGAAUAUGGAGGAAUAUCACGUAAUAUCACGACGUUUUCCCGGAAUAUACCGGAACAUCAAGAUAUUUUCCAAUGGUAGCCAUGCGACUGUUUAUAAACAUGCAUGGACCUCUGACAACAUAUUUUAUUACAAAAGUGAUGGAUCUUGCUCAUUUUGACGGUAAGUCAAAGGGCAGAGUUUCAGUUGUUGAAAAACCAACAUACAAUUCAAUAUUCGCCUAAAGCUGUCGAAUAUUCAAAUUUGGACAAUCAAAACGCCUCCGGAUUGCAAAAACGUCAUGAGGAAAACAAUAACAUAAUAGGAUCGAAUCUAAAUGAUGACAUUGUAAUGAGUCGUAAUGAUGCAUUACAAUCUCUGGCAAAUUUGCGUUCUGAGUGCCUUUCCAAUGUUUGUUAUGAUACUCAAUUAAAGCGUCUUGAAAGGGAACUGCAUGAUGAACAAGAUAAAACCAAGCAACUUGAAUCUGAGCUAACGGUUGCCGAAACAAAAAUCUUACAACUCGAACAGGUACUAAACCUACACGAGUUAGAACAAAAGAGUAAAGAAACUGACAAUGGGCUUUGUCACGAUCAUUCCUGCAUUAUUUUGGAGACACUCAGCACUAAUUGCAUUAGAAAUCAACACGCGCCUCCGACUCAAGAGAAUACCUGUACUAAUAAAUAUAUUACAUCUCAAGAAUUACCACCUAACCCUCGAAUACCACCAAAACAAGUUGAUAAGCAGGAGCCUCAAAAACAUGCUGGUCAAGUAAGUCAAUUCCCAAAACAUACGGAAAUUUCGGACAUAACUAACUGUUAUGCCAUCCCGACUCGCGUUACCCAUAGAACACCAUCAAAGAAAUCGACGUGGCGACGAAAUAAACAUGGCGCUAGAAUCAACCAGACUGGGGAGGGUUUUCGCAAGGACAAAUGGAAAGCCAAUAUGAGGUUUUUCCAGUAUUAUUACUAGAACAUGAUUUUUCCCUAUCAGGUCGCCCUACUUCAAUUCAUCGCGGACAACGUAAUUUAAAUAAUAUUAUUCAAAUUAACAUUAAUAAAACUGUUAUUUCCAAUGCUAAUGACUAUUUCUACGUUCCGAAACUAUUAUUGACAAAUACGAUGUCAUUAGCUCCCAAAAUUGAUGAAGUGAGUUGUUUUGUCACAGAAAAGAGUCCUGACCUUGCCUGUAUAACGGAAACAUGGCUAAAUGACCGUAUCUCAGAUUCCUGCCUCGAUAUUCCAGGUUACAAUUUUGUUCAUAAAACCCGCAGUGUGGGCUCCCACGGAGGGGUUGGGGUGUACAUCAGGAACACGAUAUUUUAUAAGCCUCUGAAUCAUCUCCACCAUAUAGAUUACGAAGUUCUGUGGGUCUAUGUUCGUCCAAGUAGACUUCCCCGCGGGUUUUCCUGCUUGAUACUUGGUGUCGUUUACCAUCCACCUAAUGCUAAUGAUGAUGAAAUGCUCCAAUUUCUCUCCACAUCACUGAUUACUAUUGAAAGCACUUAUCCUGGCUGUGGGUUUAUUCUUACAGUCGACUUUAAUCGGUUAAAAUGCAAUCGGAUAUUAACACAGUUCAGUUGCAAACAGAUUGUUAACGUUUCCACAAGGGCCAACCAGACUUUGGAUCUAAUAAUAACCAACUUACAUUC